CUUAUUUUCUUCAACUUUUAUUUGUAUUUCCCAUUUUACCUCUCCAUUUUCCAGGUCCUCGCCGAUUAAUUCUUACGUUAGCAACGAUCGAACAGUCCGGCGCCCGCAAUUUUGUCUUUAAGUUUCUUCUAGUUAUGAGAUCAGUUUAAUCACCUUCAGGAGUUAGGUCAUGUUUGUUUCAAUUUAUUGUAACUUGAAGGUUGUUGACAAGAAAAACAAAGGUGUUUCUGGGUGCCCAGAUGAAAAGAACUGAUGUUAUUGAGAGUAGAAGGAGGAGGGUUUUUCAGUUCUUCGGUGUCUGGGUAUAGCAAGGGCUUGACCCUUCUUCUCUUGGGUCAGAAGCUCGAGGACAGUCCCAUGAGAGUUUCGCCGUGGAAUCAUUACCAGUUGGACCAAGAAUCUGACCCCGACCUGAAUCAGCUGGCUUCCAUCAAGAACCGGCUUUCCCGUGGGUGUGCCUCUUUUGUCUGCUUUGGCCGCACUUCCGCUGGCAUUGAUGCCCCAUCGACUUUGAAAGUUGGCCCUGUUCAACUGCAGGAUGUCUUGCCCGAGGCUCUUUUCUUGGAUAAAACUAAUGAUCACACUACUCAACUUGAUGAUGGAAAUGGUAAUGUAAGAGAGAUUGCCCUUAAAAGUAGUUUGAAGAAGCGACCAAUUAACACUCCCGUUCCUCCUGAGGAUGUUAAAGACCGUGAGGCAACAGGGGAAAAGGAUGGUGAUAUUCCUAGUCAUGCAGAACGCAGAAAGGUACGGUGGACGGAUGCUUGUGGUAGUGAGCUAGCUGAAAUCAGGGCAUUUGAGCCCAGUGAAACAGGUGGACCAGACGAUGAAUUUGAUAGCGGAAAUGAAAGAACUCGUUCCUGUACAAUUAUGUAAUUUGGGGUAAUUUCUUGAGCUAAAUGAUGCAUAUCGGGUAAAAGAGCUUAAUCUUGUUAUAUUGGUAACGUUCAAUUGAUUUUUGGGCAAAGAAGAAGCAAAUGUUGUUUUGUUUUCUUGAUUCUACUUGGAAAUGGAAUGCAACCAAUAGAGGGCAACUUUCUUUC